GUCCUUUUCUUUCUGGUCUUCUCCUUUGCUCCUCCCUGCUUGUCCAGGGAGAAAGUAGCGUGGUGUAAGGAGAGGAGAGACAAAUGAAGAAGGGGGGUCCUAUUUUACCCCGCAUAGACCCUCCUCCUAGUGUGGCGGAAGUGACAGAGACGGAGAAAGAGCAAGCGAGAGCAUGAGCCUAUAAGUGUAAUUUAUUGUUUCCUGUGAAAGGGCAGGCUGCACCCUUUUCUCCCUCCUGAAACCUGAACUGCUUGUUGUGUCAGAACUUUCAGGAGGAGCCAGUGUCUAGGGGUCACAGGAAAAACAGAGGAGUGAAGGAGAAGAACAAGAGAGUGAGAGGUCGGAGGACAGCACCGCGGUAGAAAAAUAGAGGAGUGAAAGGGAUCUCCGGGUCAUUUGACGGAGACAGAAGGGGAAAGAGGUCAAGAGAAGGAGUCUGGAACAUGUGCAGUUUCAGUUGUUUUGACUUUUCAUAACGCUGUUAGUUUUGCUUGGAAGCUGACUAAAAACCAAUACCUCUUUGUGUGUGUCAGCCGUGUCACUCAGAUAUGGCCAUGGUGAUCAGGGGAUGGGGCAACCCUAAUGGAGAGACCAACCGACUGGGGGGGGAGAAGGCUUACCUGCGUGGGGAGGAGGGCUCACCCCAGGCCGGGAGUGAUGUGGAGGAGGGAGACGAAGACAAGGCAUGCGUGGUGAACUGUGUGGUGUGUGGGGACAAGUCCAGCGGGAAACACUACGGGGUGUUCACCUGCGAGGGCUGCAAGAGCUUCUUCAAGAGGAGCAUCAGAAGGAACCUCAACUACUCCUGCAGGUCAAAUCGAGAAUGCCAGAUAGACCAGCAUCACCGCAACCAGUGCCAAUACUGCCGGCUGAAGAAAUGCUUAAGUGUUGGCAUGCGCAAAGAAGCAGUCCAGCGUGGACGUAUCCCUCCAUCCCACCCAGGCAUCAGUCCCACUUCUCUGGUCGGUGGAGGUGGCGGUACCGGGCCAGUAGGGGGUGAAUUCUUCAACGGCCAGCCCAUGUCAGAGCUCAUCUCCCAGCUGCUCCAUGCCGAGCCCUACCCCAGCAUCCGCUACGGACCCCAGUACGGCCAGCAGCAGAUGCAUGGUGCUGGAGGAGGCUCCAUCGGCAUCGACAACAUCUGCGAGCUGGCGGCACGCCUCCUCUUCAGCACCAUCGAGUGGGCCAGGAACAUCCCCUUCUUCCCUGAGCUGCCUGUCACUGAUCAGGUGGCUCUGUUGAGGCUGAGCUGGAGCGAGCUGUUCACCCUGAAUGCAGCCCAGUCCGCCCUGCCGCUACACAUGGCUCCUUUGCUGGCUGCGGCCGGCUUCCACUCACAGCCCAUGUCGGCGGAGAGGGUGGUGUCCUUCAUGGACCAGGUGAGAUUGUUCCAGGACCAGGUGGACAAGCUGACCCGGCUCCAAGUGGACUCAGUAGAGUACAGCUGCCUCAAGGCCAUCGCCCUCUUCUCUCCAGAUGCGUGUGGUUUGACAGACCCCGUCCAUGUGGAGUCUCUGCAGGAGAAGGCCCAGGUGGCUCUGAUGGAGUACGAGAGGAUGCAGUACCCGGGUCAGCCACAGCGCUUCGGACGUCUUCUCCUCCGCCUGCCUGCUCUCAGGGCCGUGCCCGCUAAUCUCAUCUCCCAGCUGUUCUUCAUGCGCCUGGUGGGCAAGAUGCCCAUCGAGACCCUCAUCAGGGACAUGCAGCUGUCUGGGAGCUCCAUCAGCUGGCCAUAUGUCCCUGGGCAGUGAGGAACAGAAGCCUUGGACACACAGGAUCCUGGAAGAGGAUCCUGUCUGGAACCUAGAACAAGAUGGAGAGGGAUUAUUAGCCAGUGAUGUCAUAAUUCUUAAACGUGCAAUAUGCAGAAAUCGCUCUGCCAUUUCCUGGUUGCUAAAAUUCUAAUAGUUUGCCUAAUUUCAGUUUAUGUGACAAAGAAAGCAGUGUGGAGAAUCAUUUUAUCAUCUAAACCAGUAUGAAAAAUAUUUUCAAUAACAUGUUUUUUGUUAUUUUCAGCUGUUUGAAGCUGGUAUACAACACCGAAAGUAAAAGAUGCAAAAACGAAACUUAAGAAUUGGAAGCAAAGAAAUAUAACAUAAAUCGAAUGCUUCUUAGACUUGCUUUCAAUGAGAAUGACAGAUCUAUAACUAACAUUUCCAUGUGAAUCUGGUCACCCAAAAAGUUACAUAUUGCAGCUUUAAGGUCUAAUAAAGCCAUUUUUAUCUCAAUAUCAAAUCAUAUUUGGGUAACAAUUAAGUACCUUACUGUGAUUGUUUUCAAUUAAAAUAGUUAAAAAAAAACAAAAAUAUCUUCAUAGCCAAUUGUCAAGAAAGAAUUUGCUAGGACUGUCUGGGAGUGGUCUGAGUGGGGAGGGAAAAACUGAAAACAAGCUGUUAUUGGCAGAGAGGAUUGGAAGUCUGUCUCAUUUGUCUAUUGACUAAUUUACCACCGGGUGUUGACACCAGGCAGGCAAAAACUCCAUCCCAACAAAACAGGCUGAAAUUUCAGCCAAUCUUUUAAAACAGCUCUUACACUAAAAUGGCAUUAUCAUAAUUUGUUUCAAUUUCACAGUAUCACUCCAACCUCAUAGUAUGGAAAUAUAUAUAAAACACAGGAAAAUCACAUUUUUGACCACACUGGGCAUUAAAGGACGUAGUAGACGAAUACUGUAUUGCUACUCACUCAGAGAGAGCCACAUGGAAAUACCAAUGAAUGGAACUGGAAUGAAACCAUUGGAACAAUUUAGGUGUUCUGUGUAUAUUCCAAGGAAAUCAUACAUUUGACUUGGUGUAUACUUCUUGAUCUGUAUUAUGACCUCAUUUUAGUCCUUCUCUACCUCAUUCUGGCCCCAGAACAGGGCUCUGAAACGCAAACUGUAACUGAAGCCCGUGUGCCACUACUACCUCCAUCCCCAUGACCCCCAACGUGACUGUCUGACCCCAGGCUUUGUGUGACACUCUGGCUGCUGUGUUAGGUCCCCUGGGUCUCAAAUGGGACCCUAUGUCCCAUAGCUACAGUGUAUAGGGCUCUGGACAAAAGUAGUGCACUGUAUGGGGAAUAGGGUGCCAUUUGAGAUUCAGCUGUAAGGGUUUGUGAUGCUACAGCCAUGGCACAUACUUUCCUUGUAUGCUGUUGUCUCCUGAGCCCUCUAUUUAUGUAAAUCUUUGGGUAUUGAUUUACAUGAAUGUUGAGCUUAUAGUUGGGAAUGUAAUGAUACAUUAUGCAUAUGUGGUAAUGUAAAUCUUUGAAUGUUAUGCAAAUGAAGGACUCUGGACAUCUCCAUAGUAUAUUUAGCGAUAGCAUAAAUGCUACAAUACAUGCUAUGGUGCCGAAAACUGGCAGAAGCUGGCAGAGGUGAAUGUCCACUACCGUUCAAAAGUUUGGGGCCACUUAGAAAUGUCCUUGUUUUUGAAAGAAAAGCAACAUUUUUGUCCAUUAAAAUGAUCAGAAAUACAA